CCUGCCUGUAGGUUGUCACAUGUUUCAUGGGCUCUAAGACUUCCUGCAGGUCAGUCCAUUGGGUUUACAGCAGAUCUAUCUUCACAAUCAUGUUUUUAUUAUUAACUAAAAUCAUUAAAACAUAAACCAAUGAAGAUUGAAAUAUAUUCUGCAGAAUCAAUUGACUUUUCAGAGAAGGAACAAUUAUUUUUUGUUUCCUGAGAUUUGCCUCUACAGCCGCAGGACAUGUUUCGUUGUCUCAGCCGAUGCCGUCUUUCUCUGAGGAUAAAUCAGACCCGCUUUAUGACUACAGAUCCAUUACUGGAUCAGCUGAAGACAUGUGUUGGUGAAGAUCAAGUUCUUCAGUUGAUUGGGAAAAACAAAGCUAAACUCUCAGUCACUCAUGUGGGUUAUGCAAUCAACAUGCUCUGGCAUUUCCAGAAAGAGAAGGCAAACACGCAAAGAACCAUCGACCAGAUUAGACAUCACCCUGACUUCAUUGCUUUGCGCAUUUUAGCGGAGAAUAAAAUUGACCUAAUGGAUGACAAUAUCUUAGUAGAAACUCUGUACAACAUGCUACGGUUUAAUGUGGAAGAACACGAUUCUCUUAUACAACAGCUGGUUGUGGAAGGAUGGAAAAGACUAGAAGGGUUUAACGUGUCAGAACUGUCUAAAUUUUCGGUCUGUCUGACAGAGCAGCAUAUGAAUACAAGCCCAAUUAUAGGGCAAAUAGCCAGUAUUGUGGAUAAAAGACUGGACGAUCUGCAAGAUGCAAGAAUCCUCUCCAGUUUAAUGGUCAGCAUCUGUGCAGUCAUUUCCCCGAGACUACGAGAUCGACUUAUCGAGAAAGCCGAGUCUCUUAUGGAUGCAACAGGAAACUGUCAUUUCAACCAGCCACGCAGGAUUGUGCAAUUCCUCAGAAAUAUUAAAUAUACACACAGGCCACUUUUAGAAAAGUGUACCCAGAGAUUCAUUCAGGGUAUUAAUGAAAUGGACCCAGAAAUACUAUGCAUUGUCAUUGGUUUGUACCAAUCUCUACAGUUCCACAACUCAGAUUUUCGAUUGAUGGCAAAGGCUCGGUUGUUGGAAGUAAUAGACCAGUGUCAUGAUAUUGGUAACUUUACUAAAUUAUUUGCUACACUUGGACCUAUGGCCAAUCAAGAGAUCCGAGAAAAACUUGAAGAAGAUGCCAUGAGUGUGGUUGACAAAAUGAGCCCUCAACAGAUUAUGGCCAUUCUUGGAACCCUGGAGGAAAUGGAAUGUAGAAACAUCACCCUAAUCCAGAAGGUUGCUUCACUGUUACACAAGUAUUUGGAUUUCUACAGACCAAUAGAUUUGGCUAAAGUAACCCAAGCGUUGGUGUUUAUGCACUGCCAGACACCUGAGGUAUUUGCACAGCUACAGAAGCUUUUAAUAAGAUCUUUGAAAGCCAGCUUUAUACCAAGCGAAGUAGCUAGGUUGACCAGGGUCCUCACAAUGUUGCCUUCUCCUCGAGUAGACGAAGAGAUCAUUUCUAAGGUGGAGGCUACGUUACCGCAAUGCAGCCUUAGUGACCUCAGCACCUUGGCUAUGGCGAUCAUUAAAUGGAUGCGGAUAGGCACCAUGUCUCAUCAUAGUUCAUCGAUAGCCUAUGGGAACCUCCUUAAGAAACUAAAUAGUUGUGGACUUAAAAGAAUUCAGCAAAUAGACAGUAUUGAUUUGUUCUUAGAUGAACUGAAGUACAUGACUGGAGACUGGCUGGAAGAAGUCCUUUUAGGGGAAACCAUAAAUACUUUUGAUCGAUUAUUAGAUCAGGUCACGUGGCAAAACAUCCCAGAUAUUGCACUGUUUAUUACUCGAACCCACUACCUUCAUCCCCCACUUUUAGACAAAAUUGCCUCUGUGACAAUGGAGAACAUCUCAAAGAUCCAUUACAGUGCGACAUAUGCAAUUCUGCUUCCAUUUAUUGUGCUCAAUUAUGAAUCCACACAAUGUGAUGAGUUCUUUGAUGCAUGCAUCCAACAUUUCCUGCCACACUUAAAUUCCUUUGAUCCCCACCUUUUGGUUCUGAUUGGCUACGCACUGGCUGUCGCAGAAUACUUUCCAGAGGAACUAAUCAAAACUAUAUUCAACAUUGAUUUCUUGGGCAAACUGGAUGCUCAGUUGGAAACUCUCCCAGAUGCUUUAAAUAUUCGGAUUCGGCUCCGUCUGAUGCAGCUGAACCGCGCAGUGUGUCUGGAGUGUCCAGAAUAUCAGAUCCCUUGGUUUCAUGACCGGUAUUGUCAGCAGGUGCAGCGCAAAGUGAAUGGUAGCAUAAACUCAGUGCAGCGACAGAUUCACCAGUUGCUUGGAGAAAUUCUUGGAGGAAUAAAUUAUGUGAAAGUUUCUGUGAUGACUCCCUACUACCAUUCCAUAGAUUUUGAAUGUGUACUGGAUAAAAAUAAAAAGCCCAUCCCCUAUAUGGACCAGAAUAUGUUGUCAGCUGAUCUGUCAAAAUUGCAAUGGGGACUUGACAAGCAAUUAGGGGAAACAAAGUCCUUACCCCCAGGGGCUCAGAGGGUAGCGGUGGACUUUCUUGAUUCCAAGGCGUUCUGCAAGAACUCUUCUCAUAUCAAAGGAGAAUACAUCAUGAAGAAGAGGCACUUAGAGAUGCUUGGAUAUCAUGUGGUUCAGAUUUCUAGUUUGGAGUGGAAUUCAAUGGAACUGUCCACAAAAGCUGCUUGGAAAGAAUAUCUACGAAAGAAUCUGUUUGAAAAUGACUUAUGAUCUUCUGUUUUUUUUUUUGUUUUGUUUUUUUAUCUAGAAUUAAUUUAUAUUUUAUUGCU